AUGAGCUGGCUUCUCGGCCCUUUGUUCGUGCGCAAGGCUUCACUUUCCCAGUUCCAUGACCUGAUCAUCAUACUCUCAGUCCAAGCUGGUAGAGCAGCCGUAGUGGCAUGGAACUCUGGGAACGAUUCAAAUCAUAUUCCUUACCCGCGGCUUCCGAAAGAUCCUUCCACCUUCUUUGUUGGGCCUGAGUACCAUGCCCUUCACCACAUCGAACCUCUUGCCUACUUUGGGUCAAUGGUGCGCCUGCUCGACUGGUUCCUCGGUACCGGGGUCUCACUCAGGGGCCGGCGCGUAACGAUGACGGGGUCCAGGGGAGCCCUCGGCCAGGCCCUAACGAAGCAGCUUCACCUUCAAGGUGUUCGAUGCAUUCAUACCCCCAGAUUUGGAGUCGACUGGACGUACGGCGACUAUUCCUACUUUGAGUCUAUCCUUGCAAACACCGAUAUACUCAUUCUCGCCCAUGGAUCCAAGAACGACGACAAUGCCCACAAGGCAAAUUGCGAGUCCCAUGUCGCUAUCAUAGAACUGUUUAAGAAAUUUUGCGAGGGGCGAAAACUUGGAUUACUGCCAGAAGUUUGGUACAUUGGUAGCGAGGCCGAAUUUCAUGGGGCAUGGACGAAAGACAUGGAGGGCUACACACAAUCGAAACGCGCAUUCGUACCGCACGCCCAAAGAUACUAUGGAGACGAGUUCUUCAAUUAUCGACACAUAGUUCCGGCAGCGUUUACCUCGAGAAUGGGACGCGGCUUCAUGUCUGCUGAUUCGGCGGCCAAAGUGGCUCUGUGGUGGAUUUGUACAGGCGCACGUUACGUUCCAGUUACAUAUACCGGGUUCGCAUAUCUCAAUUUCUUCAGGUUCAGACUGGGAGGCCUCGCUAUUGGUUCGCCAAAGGGCACAUCUCGAGGAGCUUCAGAGAUAUUGCGCAUCAUUGAUGGAGGACGGGCCAAACUCUGGCCUUGA